GAUGCCGUUUAUGCCAGAUCCCUGGGCUCCAGACUCCUGAUGACCGUGUAUAAAGGAAUCGCUCCGGGUGAGGACAGGAAGGCUCUUCCAUCUUUGGACAUCAACACUAAAAGGCUGGCUGACGGCCUGCUGCAGCUCUCCUUCUCUCUGAGUGAACAGAGUGAGCAGCUGGUGGAUUUGUUGCUGAACACCAUCAUGCUCUCUGUGCCCAUAUCUGGAAGUCACAGUCAUAACUUCCUGAGCUUCUCACACGGCGAGUACUUCUACAGCCUCUUCCAGACGACCAUCAACACCGAGCUGCUGAGACGUCUAAGCACCACCGUCCCACACCUCAUGAGGGCUUCCUCUCUAAACCAGACCAUGGUGAGUGUGUUGCUGAACGGCAUGCUGGACCACAGCUUCAGAGAGCGCUCUGUGAGGAAGACUCAGGGGAAGCAGCUGGUGGACGAGGUGCUGAAGAGAUGGAACAGUCUGCAGUCGUGGUGGGAGGGGCCGUCUGCAACCGCAGAGAGCAAAACCGCCACGCUUCUGCUGCUCUCCAAACUCUUGCAGAUCGACUCGUCUGUCUGCUCUGAUAUCAACCACGAGGCGUUCAGACCCGUGUUUUCCACUUUCACUCUGCUCCUGGUUGACAUGAAUCUGCCGCUGAAUCUAAAGAGUCAGGCCCUGCUGGUGUUGCCGUUCCUCACCUCCCUACCUGACGAGCCGCUCUCUGAGCUGCAGAGAUCUCUGGACGCUCUGGUGGCCUCGCACUUCCCCAUGACGUCUGACGAGUUCGCUAAAGGCUCGCUGCACCGCAACAACUACAUGGACUGUGUCAGAAAGCUGCUGGACGCCCUGGAGCUCUCUCAGAGUCCUCUGCUGCUCAAACUGAUGGCACUGAUUCUGUGUCGAGACAAAAAGCACAUCAUGGAGGAGAGCUUCCAAACCUGCUUCCAGAGGAUUGCUAAGCGGUCGAGUGUUGAGCGUCAGCUGCAGCUGCUGUGUGCCAUGUAUCAGGUGAUCAAUCAGGGUGACGUGCCCAUGAGCUCCAUGCUUCAGGCCAUGAUGGAGAGAGUCCUGCUGCCUCUGUCCUCUCACUGCAGCAGCAAAGCCCUCAACGACUUCUUUGUGGCAAACGUCUCCGACAUAACGGCUCUACUGCUCAGCCGCUUCACUAAGUCAAAUGUUUCAGAGUUUGAGACUCAAUUGCUGAAGAAGACCGGCUGCUUCAAGCUGAUGGAGCUGCUUUAUUCUCGACUUCCUAAAGAAGAAGUUUACUCAAAGGAAUCUCGUAUCAACCAGGCGCACUGCCGCUCGGAGAAGACGGAGGGCAACGAGCUGUCCAAGAUGUUGAUCAAGUCAUGUUUUGAGGUGUUCACUGAGAACAUGGCGGGUGAGACUCAGCUGCUCGAGCUGAGGAGACACUUUCACUGCGCUGCCUAUAACUGUGCCAUCGCCGUCAUCAGCUGCAGCUUCAGCGAGCCCAAAUUCUACCACGGCUUCCUCUUCAGCGAGAAACCCGAGAAGAAUCAGUUCAUUCUGGAAAACAUCAUCGACGUUGGGAGGAUCUACAACUUCCCCAUUGAGAUCGAGGUCCCACUCGAGAGAAAGAAGAAGUAUGUGAUGAUUCGAAGGGAAGUGAAUGAGGAGAACGGAGACGCUCCGGUGUAUCUGUCCUCUCAGUCGUACAUGGCCGACAGCAGCCUGAGCGAGGAGAUGAGUCAGUUUGACUUCUCCACCGGAGUCCAGAGCUUCUCCUUCAGCUCGCAAAACCCUGAUGGACACAGACGCAGCGUGGCCCAGAGAGAGACAGAGGAGACAAAUCUGUCCCAGCAUGCAUCAGUGGAUCUAGAGAUGGACGAGCUGAAUCAGCAUGAGUGCAUGGUGUCGAUGGCUGCUCUGAUUGGACACAUGCAGAGGAACAACAUCACCCCGAAAGUGGAACAGCAGGGAAGCACGCCCAGUGAUCUUCCUCCGUGGAUGAAGUUUCUCCACACAAAGCUCUCAAAUCCGUCCACACCUCUGAAUAUCAGACUGUUCAUCUCAAAGCUCAUCAUCAACACAGAGGAGGUGUUUCGACCAUACGCCAAACAUUGGCUCGGGCCGCUGCUGCAGCUUGUUGUGUCUGGAAACAACGGAGGAGAGGGGAUUCACUUCAUGGUGGUGGAAGUCGUGGUCAUAGUGCUCUCCUGGACGAGCAUCGCCAGCCCCAAGGGAAACCCCAGAGACGAGGUGCUGGCUAAUCGUCUGCUGGAGUUCCUGAUGAAGCACAGCUUUCACUCUAAGAGAGCCGUCUUCAGACACAACCUGGAGGUCAUCCGCACACUGGUGGAGUGCUGGAAAGACUGUCUGCAUGUACCUUACAGUUUGAUCUAUGAUAGAUUCUGCGGCACCGACCCGAACAGUAAAGAUAACUCUGUAGGACUCCAGCUGCUGGGAAUCAUCCUCGCCAACAACCUCCCUGCUUAUGACGCCUCCUGUGGAAUCCAAUACGACAUGUGAGAGACAUAGAAUGUGUG